AUGAUGGAUGAACAAGGCGUCUUAGUUAGAGAUCAAUUAGCCAAUGAUAUCAAGUCAAUUAAAAAGACUCUUAAAAGUUGGACUAAAGUGUUUACCUAAAUCAUGGAAUUACAAGUAUAGAAUUCUAAACAACAAAAUCAGAAUACUAUUCUCAUAUAACAGAUAUUGUAAUACUUCUCUAAACCCAACAAGAAACCAUAACAAAUGCCAAUCUCUCCUAUUCGAAAGAUGGUACAUAAAACUGAGCCAGAUGAUUUCUUUCUCAGAAAGUUCGAAGAUACAGAGAUUUACAACAACGACAACCUUCAAAAUGAAUUAAAUAAUCCCAAAAAGAUGUCCAUAGUUAAUUAUUAAGGUACACCAUUUGAUAGUGCUUAUGAGAGUAUCAACCGAGAAAUGCAAUAAUACUUCGAACCUGAAAAUUAGGUAACAGAACCAUCAACAGAAGUCUUUAAGAAUUUCAACAAAAUGGGGCAAUAAGGUGUAAAAGCUACUCUAAAUAUGGAAGGUAUUUCGCUCCCUUAAAGCACCAAAAAUAACACUGAAAGAAAACAAUUUACAUAGCCAUGCACUCUUUCCUCUAAACAAUUACAACUAUAAGGAUCUAAAGAAAAUAUGAAAAACUCUAAAUAACUUGAAAUGAAAAAAAUUAAAAUUAAAGAAUAAAGAUUAUCAACUGUUGUUGAAGAACCCUCUGCAUUUUUGAACAGUUAAUAAGCAACUAAAUAGGUUCUCCUUAAUAUUGGAGGAUCCCAAAAUAUAGCCUAAUCUUGUUAAAAUAAAAACUCCUUUGCAGGAUUCGAGUUUCAAAUUCCGUUGCAGUAAUCUAUUUCCAAAACACCAAAUAAUAAUACAAAACCCUAAAAUUAUUUUGCUGAUAAUACAAGAUCAGGUUCUAAGUCCUUGUAUUAGAAUAACAUCCCUUAAAAUAUACAAUAUAUCAACAAUUCCAAUAAUAAAUAAAACCAAAUAAAAUAUGAGUAUCUUAGUUCAAGAGCUAAAAGUUUUAGCGACCAAAAUAGCAAAAGAAACUAAAGCAAAAAAUGCUUAGAUUUAGAAUUGAUUGAUAAGUAAUAUGAAAAUAGUUAGGAGAUUCUGAAAAAGACUAAUACUAUGCGAAAAACAUGA